UGUUUGUGCAGUAAAAUGGCAGAAUCCAGUGUUUCUUUGGCUCAGGAGGAUCAGUUCAACUGUUUAAUCUGUCUGGAUCUAAUGAAGGAUCCAGUGGCCAUUCCCUGUGGACACAGUUACUGUAUGAGCUGUAUUUCAGGCUGCUGGGAUCAGGAUGAGCAGAAGAGAGUCUACAGCUGCCCUCAGUGCAGACAGACCUUCAUUCCAAGACCGGUUUUAGGGAAAAACUUCAUACUGGCUGAAGUGGUGGAGAAUAUCAGGAAGAAAAAACUAGAAUCUGCUCGUCCUGCUCAGUGUAACUCUGAAUCUGUAGAUGUGGAGUGUGAUGUUUGUACUGGGAGAAAAUAUAAAGCUGUCAAGUCCUGUCUGGUGUGUCUGGAAUCUUACUGUCAGACUCACUUUGAUCGUCAUGAGGAAUUUCACUCUAAAAAGCAACACAAAGUGACUGAUGCCACUGGACGACUGCAGGAGAUGAUCUGCCCUCAACAUGAGAAACUAUUAGAAAUGUACUGCAGAACUGACCAGCGCUUUAUUUGCAUGCUGUGCUUGAUGAAUGAACACAAGACCCAUGAAACUGCAUUGCCAGCUGAAGAGAGAGCAGAGAAACAGAAACAUUUUAAAGAGACACUUCAGCAGAGAAUGGAGGAGAGACAGGAGGAGCGUGUGAAGCUGAGAGAGGCUGUAAAGUCUCACAAGCGCUCUGCACAGGCAGCAGUGGAGGACACUGAGAGGAUCUUUACUGAGCUCAUCCGCUCCAAUAAGAGAACCCACUCUGAGGUGGCACAGCUGAUUAGAGAUCAGGAAAAGGCUGCAGUGAGUGGAGCUGAAGGACGACUGGAGCGACUGGAGCAGGAGAUGAAUGAUCUGAGGAAGAGAAACAAUGAGCUGGAUCAGCUUUCAUGCACAGACAAUCACAUCCAUUUCCUCCGGAGUUUCCAGUCUCUCACUGUUCCACCUGGAUCUACAGACUCAUCCAGCAUCAGUUCUCGUCCUUCUUUUGAUGAUUUGGUAACAGUUGUCUCCGAGUUGAAAGAGAAACUACAGCAGACUGUAAAAGAAGCGAAAAAAAACAUGCAUCGAAAAGUAAGAUACAUCAACGUGAUUUCCACACCAGAAUACAAGAGCAGGAAUGAGUUCCUUCAAUAUUACCAGCAGUUGACACUGGACUCAGACACAGCUUAUAAAUGUCUGAGGCUAUCUGAGGGGAACAGAGUGGUGACUAGGAUGAAGAAACCACAGCAGUAUCCUGAUCGUCUUGACAGAUUUGAUAGUUUUGCUCAGGUAUUGUGUAAAGAGAGUGUGCAUGGACGCUGUUAUUGGGAGUUUGAGAGGAGCGGCAGAGGAAUGUGUAUUUCAAUGUCAUACCAGAGCAUCAGCAGAAAGGGUCAGGGAAGUGAGUGUAGAUUUGGAUGUAAUGAUCAGUCAUGGAGUUUGUACUGCUCUGACACCAGAUGUUUAUUCAGGCACAAUGGUGAAGAGUCUAAACUCAGAGUAGUGUCCAGCUUGUCUAGAAUAGGAGUGUAUGUAGACCACAGUGCAGGAACUCUGUCCUUCUACAGUGUCUCUGACACAAUGAGCCUCAUUCACAGAGUCCACACCACAUUCACUCAGCCGCUCUACCCUGGGUUUGAGGUUUGCAAUUAUUCAGUUGUAAAAUUGUGUGAUCAAGCAUAAGAGACAAGCGAAUU